AUGGGAAAUAAUUUCACCAUGCUUCGAUCCUUGGCAAUGGGGACAAUCCUGAUCUCAUUGCUCACUGGGUCACUCUCAAUCGCAUUGAUCUCGCUCUACCACAAGACAGAAGCCGUGCUUAUCGUUAUAACAGUGUCCAGUUUUUUAUACUCUCUGUUAGUUUUCUACACUCUAGUGCGCAGAACUUCGGUGUCUGAUAAGGCUUUCGUAUACCAACAGCUUGUCAUUCUAGUAUUGCAGUUAAUCGAUUUCGGUUGCACAGUGGAUUUUUUCAAUUCGCUAGUGAAGAACUCUAGGACUAUAGUCAGAAGUAAUGGAAUCAGAACACAUCAAGAUUUGCUAGUUACAUUAGAGGCAGCGUUACUUCUCAACCUUUUCAUUAACGGAAUAUUCCUUGGUUCAAAUCACCUCGUGAACUACGUUAAACCGGAGCGCGGUAACGCAGUUGAUCAAGAGAAACAAAGAUUGAGUGACGAAGAUGACAGUUACGUCCUACACAACAAGUUUGUACCCAUGAAGGAUUCUGCUCAAACUUUGACACCAGAUUUGACAAGCGUAUUUUAUAGUCAAGGCACCGAAAACCGAAACGUGGAUUGGAUGAUCCAAAAAUUGAACAAAAAAAAGUCUAAUGACACGUUUUCCAACCACUCUGUUAUAAAACAUCAAUUAGGUCGAGUCGAUAUGCUUUCAGACAGACGAAAUAUCAGUAGUAAUGGCGCGAUCAGACAACCAUUGAAUUACGGAACAUAUGUACCUGAUAUUGAGACCCAGUCCCGCGUAUUGUCAAGAAAAAAUCCAGCUCAUAGGUUAAAAUUCAAGGGUAAACGGUUCAGGUUUAAAUCUAACAGAAAGAAUAAUAAGUUGAAGAAUGAAGCGCUAGAUAAAUCGGCACAGGAGAAGAAGGAGAUGAGUUUGAAUGUGAAGUACUUAACUCGUUUGUCCACUAUCUCAGACUUACCAAGGAGUUUUGUGAACCUAUUGAACCGUUCAAAUAACGAUAUUAGUCGGGAUAUGGUUGCAGAUGAUGGGAGAGCUUCUAUUAUUGAACCUAAACAUGACGAGGAGAAAUUUUUGGCUAAUUUCAGCACAUCCGAUAAAUCUCCGCGAUUAGCAAAAGAAAAGGAUGCAAUUGAGAGAAUUGAUAAUGCAUUACUACCCCCAUUUCUACAUGCACAUAAUUCAAACAACACGACACUGGACCCUGUCAUAUCAAGAGCUGAAUCGCCUCUUAUUCCUGAUGUAGGAAUCGGACUCAAAGAAGUUAAUGCCGUCGAAAGAGAUAUUGAAACGUUGAAUGUGCCUACAGGCGCGACGCAGGAUCCUUUGUCACCUGCUCCACAAUUGAGGUUUAGCAACAACAGCAGAGAUGAGUACCGUGUAGGAAAUUCAAACCAUGUCGAGUUCCCAUCAAAUAUUAGUUUGAAUAUGUGGAAGAAUGAUAAACUGGGAUGCAUGAGGAAAGCUUCAGAUGAUCAAAACAAACCUAUGAAAACGUACGACAACGACACUUUGCUUUCUCCAUUCCAGUAUGUCAAUAGUGAAAAUAUCACGCCAUCUAUUGCUGCUGCUGUAUCAUCGGAUCCGGAACUUGAAACAAAACAAGAUUUUAGUUUUCCAGUAAAGAAACCAGAGUAUUUUUCAAACCUAAAGGGUAUAUUAUCCACAGAGAUUGACGUUACUCCCAUAUCAGAUAACAUUAGUGAACUGGAUGAAUAUUUGAAUGACUUUACACUCCACGACAUAAACGAAAGUCAGAUCAUAGAGGAAAGUUUGCAACAACGAAACAUCGCAACAACGCUUUUCGACGAUAGAAAAUCAAACAGUCCAUCCAGAAGUGCAACAAAACAUUCACCAACAAAAUCUCUUGCUUCAAUUAUGAGUGGCGGCGCUUUGACAGGGAACAGCAAUAGUCUAAAGAAACGUGCAUCAGUCAGUUUCUUUGGAUGCGCCGGUCCGCUAAAUCAUACCAGAACAAAUUCCCAGCUCCAAUACUCUGGAACAUACGCAAAUAUCAGUCAAUCUGUACAGUCCUCGCCGACAAAACAACGAUUCAAAAGAAUUGGGAAAAAACUGUCACUAUCCAGCAUGUCUGAUAAAAUGACACAAAACUCAUUUGAUAGAGAGAAUAGUUAUAAUAUAUCGGAAUUUUCACACGAAAGAGGGAAAAGCAUAGAUUUCAGUUAUUUGCACAUGUUACAGAACACACAUUCACCAAGUAAGUCUGUGUCAGGUAUAUCUGUUACAAGUAAUGGACAAACACAGCAUCAGCAACCACAAUCCCCACAGCGCAAAAGUUAUUAUCAUAGCGAUGCAAGGCCACACAGCAUUGCAGCCGUAGAGAAGGUGAUUCGGUCUGCAAGUUCCAUGAUUUACAAGCACCCUAACGACACGAUAACAGGCGAUGACCCGCAGAACAUGAAUGAUAUGACCAUACAAAACAUCACGUUGGAGCAAAGGGCAAUGAAUUCCGUCCCUGAGAGAAAUGUUUCCAAUCAAGAGAGUACAGGGUCUGAGAACGUUUAUCCUGAUACCGUCAUGGGUGAAUAUGAUCGUGAAAAGUGGAAUGCCAUGAAAAAUCUCAACAUCAUAGAUGCCGAUGGGCAUAUAACUGAAGACAUUCAUCUUCCAACCAAUGCAUAG